GCGGCAAUUACGUCAUGUGAUGGUCGCCUGAACUUGGAACCCCAGCAACAAAUUAAAUCCAGGAGGAAAAAGGUAACGAAUUACCUCGACCUGUAUAUCAACCCAUCUUUGGAGAUCCCCUUCCAUCUUCCGUUGCGGUGUUAUUUUGUUAUUAUCCAUGGAUGCCUCAAAUCCUACUGGCAGAACUGAACAAGCUCUGUCAUCGCGCAGCAUUCUCGAUCGCGCUGCGGCGAGUUUUGGCAAUGAUGAUGUCGAGGUGCUACUGAAAAAUCCCUGGGAAGCCAUCGCGCUGAUUGGGCAUGCCUGUAUGAUUGCUGUUGACUUCAGGCUGAUUGGCCUGGAGGAAGACCACAGAAUAGAAUCUCAGGAACCCUCGUCGCCGCUACUACCCAAGGAGUGGAACGCCAGCUCCACCUAUGCCUUCAAAUAUGCCCACCCGCAAUCAUCUAUGCAGUUCUUGCUCAAAAUCACUCGACUCGGUGGCAACGCAGUCAUCUACGCGCUGGCCCUUGGCCAUGACAAGACAACAUCCUUUGACGUCCCUGUCAAAGAUUUCAUCUCUGAGUCAGCCGUCCCCUUGUCAAAAUCCACCGAGGAACUUACCCGGUCGCUCGAGCAAGUGUUUAUUUCGUCGUCGCGACUCAGCGAUUUGAUCGCCCUGUUUAAAAUCAAUGUAAUCCAGAAACUUGCGCCGGGUCUACAAAAGGAGGGAUAUGAAGAUGGGUCCUCCUCUAGUCGAGAACAACGUGAACGUGAAUUAGAGCAACCAGUACGACAGCCACGACAACCGGUAAGAGAUCCUCUACGGGACGAUCGUCACCCGGAACCAGCCCGCCCGUAUCCCUUUGGUGAUCCACUUGCUGCACCCCCACGACGGCCGCCAGUCCCAGCAGGUGAUUUCCCCCCGCCUGGGUUUGAAGAUGAGUACGAGAUAAAUGUCCCUCCGCGCGGGUUCCACCCGGGAGGAGCAGGUCACGGGCCAAGGAGACCAAACCUUGGAGAGCGCGAUCUAUAUCCCCCUGGUCUGGGGCCUCGCGAUCCACUGGUACCUCACUUUGGGCCGCAGGGUGGGGGAGGCAUGCAUCCGACAUUUGAUGACCCCAUCUUUCAGCAUGGAGGUGGUAGAGGUGACGGUGAUGAAUAUAACCCUCAAGUUCCUCCUGGGGCAAGGUACGAUCCUAUUGGCCCCGGGGAUGGGCCACCGAUUGGAGACGAAGAUCGGGAGUGACCCUGGGAAUUCCCGAGGCGAGUCGUGGAUUUGGAGGUGGAUUUGGCAUUUGGCAGCGGAAGCAUUCGGUGGUGACAUUAUUUAAGGGUAUGAUGCAUAACUACCAGCUAGCUUGCUACGUUGCUAAUUAUGAUAUGAUGUGUGAAAUCACGCUUACGCUAACAUCUGUUUGUGACAUGAAUUUGUAUAUCCUAUUGUAUGUACUGUACAUAAUAAGUAAAUCACAUGGCAAAUGAAAUACUCACGGCUUUGAGACCUGCAAAUAACAAAAAACACGAUGUGGAAUAGCAUCCAUUACAGUAACGAUGGCGC